AUGCCGAAGCUUUGCGGAAAUUGCCGAAGCUGUGACAAUGGCUGGAGGGGUCAGUUUUGUGAACAGCCAAUUGGCCAGCUGCCCAAGUGGCUCAAAGAGGACAUGUUUGACCAGGACUGGGAGCAGGGCCAGUGGAGCAGGGUGUCAGGGGGGUUCAUAUCUACAAGCUGCAGGGUGAACACGGCAGGGAAAGUACUCCACUUUAUAGGGGGCUGUACAAGACAGUUGACUUCCACUGACUUGGAUCUUUCUGAAGCUGUCUACAUCCAGUUCCAUUUUGUGUUUGGUUGCUUAGCAACACCAGAGCACAGGGAUGAAGGGGUUAUAGUGGAUUAUUCUACAAAUGGAGGCAUCAUUUGGACUACUAUCACAGAGCUGUAUUAUGAUCAGUAUAAAAAACCAGAAUUUGUAAGCCUAAUGCUCCCAGAAGGCGCCAGAAGACUUGGCACAAGAAUCCGCUGGUGGCAGCCCAAACACAGUGGAGAGAACACUGCUGACUGGGCUGUAGACAAUAUUGUUAUCGGGGGAACAGAUCCUGCACCUGGCUCUCUGAAGGAAAAUUUUAAUUCUGGAUUUACCCACAAACUUUGGCUUAAUAAUGACAAUAUGGAGAUGGGUAAUUUUUGUGGAGAGUUAUCACAAAGUGCCAUUUCCUCUCCAGUUGGCAUGGAAACUGUUACCCUAACUACAGUCGAUAUGAAUAUCGAGAAAGGUCAUAUACUGCAGUUCAGCAUCAGUGUUGGUUGCAAUGCAACAUGGGAUACAUAUAUUUUACCAGUGCUGCUGCAGUUUUCUGUUGAUUUUGGUGUCACGUGGCACCCCCUGGUGGCAGAGUGUGCUCCCUCUGACCCACGAUGCACCGAUGUGGAGAACAUGGAGAGCAGUUUCUACAAUAAUUUGGAAUGGCGAAAAAUGACCUUCUCAUUGAAGGGAGAGGUGAUAUCUAGGUCAACAAGAUUUCGGUGGUUACAGCAUUUUUCCUCAGAUGUGUCUCAAAGCCAAGUUUGGGCUGUUGAUAAUGUUUACAUAGGACCCGCAUGUCCUGGCAACUGUAGAGGGCGUGGUUGGUGUGACUAUCCAAGAUGUAACUGCUUCCAAGGCUAUGGGGGGAAAGACUGCAGAGUAGUUUCUAAGAGGCCGACAUACCUAAAGGAAAGAUUUAGUGGCAGCGAUCUUGGUCUGGACUCCUGGAGCCUUGUUCAAGGGGGGACUAUUGGUCAGGGCUGUCCUCCUGUACUGGACGGCCCAGCACUGGUGCUGAGAGGGAAAGGACAGAGACAGGUGGUCACUGUUGAUUUGGACACUAGAAAUGCACGUUUCAUCCAGUUUCUGCUGCAGAUAGGUGGUGAGGGACAAGAGGACGGAUGUGGUCGCCCACAAUCCAGAACAGACAGCGUAAUCUUACAAUAUUCUUCCAAUGGGGGAACAACUUGGCACACCCUUCAAGUUUUGGACCACAGUAGUUUCACAUCCAUGCAAAGAGUCUAUAUACCUCUCCCUGGGAGAGCUGCCACAGCAGCUACCCAAAUAAGGUGGUGGCAACCAAUCUCUAUGCCAACCAAGCCAGCAGCUGUAUGGUCAUUGGACAACAUAUUAAUAGGGGGCUUUGCUAUCAAUCCAAGUGAAUUGUGGGAUGAGUUUGGCAAUUCUACAGACUUGAGCUGGGAGUUUUCCCUUAAUGGCGAAGUUCAAGAUAAAUUUUGCGGGAAAUCUGACUUGGCUAUGACCUGGAGUGAGGGUGUUGGAGAGCGACAUAUUACUACUGGCCAGUUGAUCGUUCAGGAGAACUAUAUGCUACAGUUUCAGAUCGCAGUUGGUUGUGAUCAGCUUCGCCACAGCUGCAAUAAUCAUCAGUCAAUCAGAUUAGAAUAUAACAAAGAUCCACGCUCCAAUAAUUGGAACCUAGUCCAGCCUGUGUGCCUGCCAGGACACAUCUCUAGUUCUGAAUGUAGCCCUUACUCCUACUCCACUGGAAGUAUUUACACAGCAAAUGAAUUUUUAACAUGGAAACGAGUGACUUUGGACUUGCCCAAGAAAGUGUUCUCAAGCUCAACUCGUUUUCGUUGGGUCCAAACCAAUACUAACACUUCAGCGGUUGCCUGGGCUUUAGAUGAUGUAUACAUUGGGGAGAAAUGUCCAGAAAUGUGUGGAGGACGUGGAUUCUGUUUCAACAAAACUUGUCAGUGUGAUGAUGGGAAUUUUGGCCGUGUCUGCCAGCCAAGCAGAAGCCUUCUCUUAAGUCACAUGUCAGAUAAUUUCGAUGAGAGCAUUAAACGUGGGUACUGGCCACAAGUGGAUGGAGGGGGUGUGGGAUAUGGGUGUGGCCCUCUCCAUCCCCUGGGGCAUGGCAGUAACUUGUAUUUCAAUGGAUGUGGGCUGAGGCAAGCUAUCACUGCAGAGAUGGACACGACUAAGGCUAGCAAGAUCAUGUUUGUUCUACAAAUUGGAAGUCAAAAACAGACAGAUACAUGUAACAUAAAAGUGAAUAAGGGCAACAUUGGAGAAAAGUCUGUAAUACUUCAAUAUUCAAAGAACAAGGGGCUAAAUUGGAUGUUACUGGCUUCCCACGACCCACGGAACUAUCUUUCUCCAAAGAGAGUGUCCUAUGACAUUCCUACAGAUGCUAAAGUGUUAGGGGUGCAGUUCCGGUGGUGGCAGCCAUUGCAUGAUGGGAAGGGACAUGACCAGUGGGCCAUCGACUCUGUGGAAAUAAUCAUGACUCGCCAAGAUGAAAUGUUAAGAGAUGCUGCUUGGGUGCAUUGGAAUAGGUGGCAGCACAGGCAGCGGCAUAGGUCCUUGUCACCUGGGUAAUAACAGUCAGCAUGCAAGGUUUUUGUAUCUCCAGAGCAGAGGAGGAUUUUGUUGUCCAUAAAUCUGAAUGACUUUGUGAGGCUUCCUCGGACACCAUCUUCAGAAUUUAAGAACAGAAAUUUGCUGCUUACACAGGAAGCAUGGAGACAAAUACCAUCAACUUAAACCCUGCUGCAGGGGAAAAUAUGUGACUCCUUGGAAAAGAAUAUAAUAUUGAACACUUGACAUAUUUUUGUAAUUUUUGUAUUUUAAUUGGUUUAUCCCAUUUUUGUAAUAAGUUCACCAUAUUAUAUUAUUGUAUUAGAUACCAUUUACUUAAUAAUGCAUAAGUGUUAUUAUAAUAUUGUAUUCUGUAUUCUAU